CAGGAAAUUGAAUCGCCAACAUCACAACGGACCAAAUGUCGAAGGCUUGCAAUCCAUGGUGAACAUGAUAACCUGUAUGUUUUUCUAAAGCCGUAUGCCCCCUAUUUACGCUCCCUUUUAUUUUUCAACAUACGGGAUUCAAAAUUCGACUUUGUUUUCAAGGAUUUCAAGUUGCUCAGGGUCCUAGAUGGUGUUCCCUUUCCAUCUCGAGCACUAAGUGUUGUAGGAAACCUAAUUCAACUGAGGUGUCUAGGAGUAUUAAUGAGAACAGAUAUGUGGAAACCCGAUCUGCCUCGAUCAAUUGGAAAACUGAAGAAUCUACAGACACUCGAAGUAACAAAUUUCAUACAUCAGCCGUGUUUUCCUGAUGUUAUUUGGAAGUCGAAGAAUUUGAGACAUUUGGUGGUCGUCAGUCCACCUGCUGUAAUGAAUUCUAGAUUGGUUUUCUUAAACAAUUUAAGGACCCUAAAAGGGGUAACGGGUGGAGGAUGGACAUAUGGCCGUUUAGCCAGCUUGACUAAUCUGCGACGACUGAAAAUAGUACAAUUAGUGGGAGAAGAAUUCAACUCAGUGGUUUCCAACAUAGAGAGAUUGCACUGCCUUGAAUCCUUGUCGCUGGAUUUUCUUUUUUGCAAUUCUACAUUGCCAACAGCCAUAAGCCUUUCUCAUUUGGAGCAUCUCCACAAGCUCCAUUUGAAAGGGAAAAUAAAGAAGCUACCUGAUCCACACCAAUUCCCACCGAACCUCAUCAAGCUAAGUCUUUUUCAUUCCGAUCUCGAGGAAGAUUCAAUAGUUAAGCUUGGGAGGUUGCCAAACCUAAAGAUGCUUCUCUUGGGAUACGAUUCAUACAAGUGGAGAAAACUGGUUUGCUCCUCCUCGGAAGGGUUUCCUCAGUUGCACAUUCUACAUCUACAAAAUUUAGAUGAAUUGGAGGAGUUGAUAGUGGAAGAAGAGGCAAUGAUGAAGCUCAAGAAUCUAAAGAUAGACCGCUGUCCAAGUUUGUGGAGGAUUCCAGAACGAUUUAAGUUAUUGACUACAAACUCUUGAAGGAAGGGGAUUUAUAUUGGCUGGUCUGCCUUAUUUCUUUAAAUUUCUCCCUGUCCGCUGGUCUGUCUAUUUCCUCCGGUUCUACUAGCUAUUUGGGUUAUUUUGCAGGCUGUUUGUUUGGCUUUUCCUAAUAAAAGUUUGUUGUUCGUCGAGUGUUAAUUUCUGAAAGAAAAUACUACGUAAUUGAGUUGA